GAUCAGUCAUGUGAUCACAAACCAGCUGUGCGAGAAAUCAUUGCCCGUGUUGAGGCAGAUGCCAUACAGAGUCGAUUUCUUCUUGUGAAUUUUAGUCUUUUACGAGAUAGUUUAUCCAAGAAAUGACAUCUGCAGCUGCUACGAUGCUUGGUGACUCGUUGAAAGGGAAAGUUGCCCUCAUUACAGGAGCAAGCUCAGGAAUUGGAGCAGAGGCAGCCCGUUAUUUUGCUUCCCUAGGAUGUCAACUGGCAUUGACAGGACGGAACAUGGAUGCUCUUCAAGCAGUUACGGAUGAAUGUGUAAGCAGAGGAUUAGAGAGAAAUCAGAUCCUCAUGAUUGAAGCAUACCUUGAAAGAGAAAGUGAUGUGAAGAAAACUGCAGAAGAAACCAUCCAGAAAUUCAAUCAACUUGAUGUUUUGGUCAAUAACGCAGGAAUGGGUGUAAUAGAUACAGUCGAGACAGUUACCAUGGAGGGUUUAGAUAAGACCUUUGCAGUGAAUAUUAGAGCACCCCUUCAGCUUAGCAAACUCUUAAGCCCAUAUCUCAUCAAAACUAAAGGCUCAAUUGUGAAUAUUUCAAGUGUGAAUGGAGUCAGAGCUAUGCCGGGAUUAGUAACCUAUUGCAUGUCAAAAACAGCAUUGGAUCACUUGACAAGAUGUAUAGCUGAAGAAUUAGCCCCUCAUGGAGUCAGAGUCAAUGCCGUGAACCCUGGUGUGAUUAUAACUCAAAUCCAACGGAGAUCAGGGAUGUCUGAAGAACAGUAUCAAAAGUUUUUGGAGCAUUCUAAAUCAACUCACGCUAUGCGCAGAGUGGGUACUGUGGACGAGGUUUCCAAACUCAUUGCUUUCCUUGCAUCUAGUGACUCGUCCUUCACGACAGGAGAAACCGUCACUAUAGAUGGAGGACGCCAUCUCCUGAUCAGGCCUGUAGAAUUGUAGAUAUUAGUUUUCUACCUUUGAAAUAGAUCCCAUGAAUUGCAAGAAGAAGCUGAUAUCAACUCAAUAAUGUUUUGCCUCAUGUAUCUCUCAUUCUCUUUAAUAGUAGGAUCAUUUUUAAUCCCAGAAGAGCAGAUGAAAUACAUUUAUGAAAGUAUGAUUAACUCUGAUUAAUAUGUCACAUUCAUCCUUUGGGUAUGGAAGGACUGCAUACCUCACCGACAUUCAAUUAUUACAUAAAUAUUUUUAAUUCUAUCUCAAAGACAGAUUUAUAAAUUCUAUUCUUAUUUCAGAUUACCUCAUAAAUAAAAAUUCCAAGUAUUGUAUUGAAUGUGACAUUAAUAAUUUCUUGGCUGGGGAAAUAAGAUGAAAUAUUGGACCUUAUUGAACACUGAAUCUAUUACAUUGUCAAUUUAAUGUGACUAAAUACUACCGGUAUACAAUCCUGUUGUCAUUACCAGGCACAUGUUUGAUGUGUGUUAAUGUUAUCUUCUCUUGCCAGACCAAGAUCUGGCCUUUUCAGGUUUUUAGAUUGUUUUAGAUUUUUUGAUGUAUAUCAAAUAUCUUUCAUUCAAAAUGUCAGUUUUGAUAUUGAUUUGAAUUUGAAUAAAAUUUGAUUUUUUUCUUCAAAUUUUGUUCCUAAUAAUCUGGCAGGACAAGGUAUGUCAACCUGCAUACUUUAUAUAGUUAAGUCACAGCACUUGCAUGCAGCAUAACCAGCAUGAUACGUUUGAACAUGGACCUACAGUAUACUCUGAGUAGUAGCUACAUGGUUUGAACAUACAUUGCUUUUACCAGACAGUAUUUUUACUUACAGAUUCACCACAAAUCAGAAUGAAACAAUGAUAAAAGUGGACCAAAUAAUAUUUUUCAGAAUAGAAUUGUGAGUUUUCAUAUAUGCAAAUAUCAAUUAUAAGUAUUUUUAAAAUACUAAUUUUGACAUAGAUAUCUGAAAUGAUAAAAAAGUAAUAUCUAUUUGCUUACAUUAGCUUCUACAUAAUUUUACAUUAUUUUGAUAUAUAUAUACCCGGUCAUUUUAAACUGAAAUAGUAUAUAUUUUCAUGUAAAUUUUUAAUCUAAAGAAUAAUUAAGCCUAUAGUCUAAUAUAGUCUGUAAGUUUUUUUUUUAAUUUUGCCUUAUUUUUCCAUACGUUAUUUUAACUAAAAAAUACUAGUUUAUUUUCAACCAAAUAUUCAAUUAAUAAGAAAUUAAUAUAUACUUGCAAUAGUUCUGAGAUGAUUUCAUUUUAUUUUACUAUAUACAGGCUAUGUAUUUUUAACUAAAAUAAUGCACGUAUCCAUGUGAAUUAUGAUUUUUGUCAUUUUUGUGUGUGCAUGUGUGUUUGAUUGAUUGUAGACAUGUACCAAUUAAUAUAUGAUUAGUUACAUCUGGGACCGACCUUUAACAUCACCAUACACAAGACAUGACCAGGAGGGUGUUUCACAAAGAAUUAGGCGUGAAUUGGAGUCACACGUAAAUUCACAGUUGCUUGCUGUAUAAAAGGCAUCCACCCAUUGGUCAAGUCAUGCUAUGAUGCUGCACACUACUUCUUGUUAAUCAAUAAGAUUGCGUGUUACAUAUGUACAUGUCACCAUUUCUUGAACCUCUGCAUCAGUUCACAAAUAUACAGAUGUGGGGCAUACAUGUAAUAUAUAGGUCUGACUGCUGUUGACAAGCAGACCCCCCCCCCAAAAAAAAAAAUGAAAGGGAAGGGAAGGUUGAAAAAUCAUUUAAAAAUGCAAGACCAUAAAUCCUACUAGUAAUACAGUGCUCAUCCUACCAUAAUUGCAAUUAACCUGCAAGAAUGAGUUCCCUAUUAAAAAUAUAAUCUUAGCCUCACAACACAGGGCAAAAAGUGAACACAAGAGUCGUUGCACAAUCACUUGGCGUUUCAAAAGUAAGCCUUUUAUUUCAGCCAAACAACUUUCUUAUCCAAUCCUUACAACACUACAUGUAGGAACCACCACUAGCGCAAAAAAUGUACAAAAUAUAAGAAUGGCAACACAUCAUGAUUCAUUGCGCAGACGAUAACAUAUUAACGUAACUUUAAAAACAAAAUUAAUGUUUUUUUAUUCACAUGGUCACAGUACAUCUAUUCAAAUACAUAGAUCCUAAUUUCUCUAUAGAUGUCAAGCUAUUUUUAGGUUGACAUGUUUUGUUCACAUAACUAAACAUAAAUCAUUUCUUUAUUCACAUGGUCACAAUACAUGAACACCUACUAACAAAAUUCUACUCUCUCCAUCAAGCCUUAGUUUACAUGUUUCGUUCACAAAUCCUGCUAAAGCUUGUAAUAUAGUUUCAUUGUACCGUCUGUUCAGAUAUCAUAAUUGUACAUAAAUGAUGAAUAAGUGU